GCCUGUCUCUCUCCUCCACGGGCGCCUACCUGGGCCGCUCGCCUAGCCCAAAUCUUGCCUGUCCCACAUUUGAGCCGCACCCGCUCUGCAUGUUUGGUGAAACGCCGUGCUCGUCAUCCGGUCCUGCGCCUACUCGCGACCACGCGUUCACAAACUAUUCAGUCGCUGGUAUGGCUUCCACUGCGAACCAACAGCAACCCUUCCCGGCUGUACCUCCGUCUCUCUCCGCUGGCGAUCAUGAGAUGCGAGACUACUACGCCCCACAAGAUGCACCACGACCUCCACUAACCCAAACACCAUACCUCAAACCAUAUCUCGGCCUUCGAGCUAGGCUCUCACAGAUAUGGCUCAACCGUUGGACUAUCCUUCUACUUCUCGUUCUCGUUCGGCUUCUGAUUGCUAUUGCAAGCACAAACUCCAACCUCACCUCCGCUCGUCGGGAGGCUCUCAGCGCUUGCACCUCAGUCGAGAAAAUGGGCAGCUCCAUGGCUUCCAUGCCCCACUUCAUGGCCAAAGGCGUCAACCAAAUGACCUCCUCAGGCAUCGAAAAUGCCGUGGGCGGUCUAUUCAAGAUGCUCGACCUUACCGUCAAGGGUGUCGAAGAGCUUGUUCUCUUCGUCAUCCACAUGAUGACCCAGACUUAUCUCUGCCUCAUUACCCUUGUGGUUACCGGUAGCAUGCAUGCUGCCGUCGAAAUCGGUGAGGCUUUUGCCAAGGGUCUCAACGAGACGGUCGAAGAAGUCACCAAUGGCAUUGGCGAUGCCCUCGGUAAAGCUCAAAAAACCAUGCAGGACAUCCAAAACUCCAUCAAGAACGUCCCGCUUUUCGGCAACAAGAUCCCCGACGCUGUGCCCAACCUGGAUGAACAAAUAUCCAAGCUCAAAUCACUCGAGGCACCGCCUGGGAUCAUGGAUGGCGUCAACAAGCUCAACAGCUCCAUCCCAAGCUUUGAAGAGGUGCAGAACUUCACCGACAACAUCAUUCGUCUGCCUUUCGAAGAAAUCAGGAAACUCAUCAAGAACAUGGACAACUUCACCUUCGAUGGGAAUGCUCUUCCCGUCCCGCAAAAAGAGCAACUCCAGUUCUGCUCCGAAGGCAACUCCAUCAACUCUUUCUUCGAUAAGCUCAUCAAGCUUGUGUACACCGCAAAGAAGGUCGCCCUUGCCGUCCUCAUUAUCCUGGCUCUUCUCGCCAUAGUCCCCAUGGCCUGGAUGGAAAUCCGUCGUUAUCGCCGAAUGCAAGAACGGGCCGAACUCUUCCACCAAGGCCACGAACCGAUGGAUGUCAUCUACCUUGCUUCUCGUACAACAUCCGGCUCACUAGGACUGUGGCUCGGCCAUCGUUUUGGCUCCACCCGCCGCCAGGCCAUCAUGCGCUGGGCUUGGGCUUAUGCCACCUCGAUGCCCAUGCUGUUUCUGAUUGCCUUGGGCAUCGCAGGUCUCUUUUCAUGCUUCUGCCAAUACCUGCUACUCAUCAAGAUCGAGGAGAAAACCCCCGAACUCACCGACGAAGUCGCCGAUUUCGCUGGUCAGGUCGUCGUCAAGCUCAACAAUGCCUCCAUGUCUUGGUCCAAUGGUGUCAAUGAUGCCGUUGGAAAGCUCGACAAGGAGAUCAACGAUGACAUUUUCGGCUGGGUUCAGAAAGGCACAUCGGCAGUCAACGAGACAAUCAAUGUCUUUGUCGACAAAACCAACGACUUGCUCGACGAGGCCUUUGGCGACACCAUUCUCCGAGAUCCGAUCCAAGAAGUCUUGAAAUGCCUGAUUGGCUUGAAGAUUGCCAGUAUACAAUCAGGUCUUACUUGGGUACAUGACAACGCGCACGUGGCUUUCCCUGGCGUGGCUAAUGACACCCUUUCUUUGGGAGCUUUAGCAAACGUCGACGAUUCUGGCUCGUCCCAAGAGCUGCUUGCCGACCCCAGUGGUAAGGCCAAAGACGAGAUCACCGAGGCCGUCAUGCGCGUCAUCAAUGUUCUCAAAGAUGGCAUCCGCACCGAGGCUCUCAUCGCUACCACCCUGAUCGUUAUAUGGUUGGUAGUCGCUCUCACUGGUCUCGUCUACGCCUGCACACACAUGGCUCGCCGGGAUACCCCCCAAGGCACAGCCUAUGUUGUGGACCCCGCCACCGAUAACCCUUCGAAGCCUAUCCCCUCUGAUGCGGCACCACCUUCGUACGAGCCCUCAGCGCUUGCGCCACAGACCCGAGCUUUCCGGACCUAUGCCCCCAACGACAACGACUCGCCAGCCGAAAAGCACGGCUACGUGGGCGCGCAUACGGUUACCGACUCCUCCCGUCCUGGUCAUGCUCGUGUCAGUAGCCAUGGUCAUCUCGCUGACCCAUCCCCUCUCGAAGAUAAACGUGAUCCCUUCACUCAAGCCAGCAACAACGAGAAGAACCCAUUCAACGAUCCAUACCGUCGAUAA